AUGACCGCCUUGCAGGGGCUGCCGGAGAUUCUGCGCGGGGCAAUUCUGGGCUGGUUGUCAGCAGCAGACGGCGCUGCCUGGCUACGCUGCGGAGCCGGACAGGAAAAGCGUCUGAGAAGGCUGUCGGAGCUGCAAGCGCGGCUGCGACCCCUGACCCAAGAGGUCUUGCAGUGGCCUCUGUUGAUGGAGCCUACUCGCGCAGCACUGCAGUGGGCAUCUUGGCCAUGCGAGAACUACGAGGCGGCGGCGUUACGUCACUGGGCGCUGCGGCCGGCGGCGGGAGACUGGAAUGUUGCCGUCCACUUGGCGGACAUGGACUACGAGGAUGUUAUCUACCUCGACGCGGCCGCGCGUGAGUUUCCUGCGCGCGCGCGGAGGGCAGCGCGCUUCCUGGCAGCCGCGGCAAGCCGGCUUGACGUUGGCUUAUUCUCUCAAAAUCUUCUUGAGGAGGCGCGGGGCGGCAGUGAAGGCAUCCUGCUACUUUUUGUGAUCGACGGUUUUGAGGGCUCGCUCUUUGUUCCAGACGAGUUUGUAGAUCCUGCUGGCUUUCAUGUAGAUUAG